AUGGACCACUCGAUGCAUCAUAUGGACAUGGACCAUGGCCACGGCCAUGGGGAUAUGGAUAUGGGCGGCGGACAGUAUGCUCUUCACCUGGUCACCGAAAGACCUCUGCAUCAUCUUCCGCCAGUGGCACGUCUCCGGCCCCUUCACCCUCUUCGUCUCCCUGGUGGUCAUCGUGCUGUUGACGGCCGGCUACGAGGGCGUCCGCCAGGUGACACGGCGGUACGAAGCGGCGCAUGCGCAGCGCCUGAAUGCGUUUACGGCGGCCGUAACUGGUAA